AUGCUGCCAGUACAGCAACACGCUUUUACAAGAAGCUGGCGGGCGAGAAAACAGCCGAGCAGCAAAUUCCAUCGUGUCGAUCUUGAUGGGCUGUCCGUAUUUCCGUAAAAUCAUCGAGAUUGAGGACAUUUUCCAUAUUUUCGAGCCAUUAGCAGCGAUUGGAAUGGAAAACGCUGUGAUGCCUUACAAGGUAUGCAAGUCCUGUAAGUCCGCCAAGUCCUGCAAGGCCUGCAAGAAAUGAUCGAAGCGUGGUUCUUGUCAUUCAGUAAACGUGUUCGUGUGUAUUUCUAUGCGAUGUG